UUGAUAGCCACUGACGUUUUUUCAAAUACACUACAAAUAGCAGUGUUUUAUGCCCGAUUUUGAAUGUCGCGUGCAUUUUUGCUGGCAUUUGCGGACGAAGAGAGAAAACGAAGUUUGUCCAGAAUCCAGAAACGUCGACUGCGGGAUUGCAACAAUUCUCUGGAUUUACCGGAGAAGGAAUUCAUGGCAAAUUUCCGUGUCAACAAAUCAGGGUGUCAGCAAGUUUUGGCAGAGUUACGUCCAUUUCUGCAACGUGCUCAACGAAACACUGCUGUUGCAAUUGAGCUAAAAAUAUUGGCAGUCCUAAACUUUUAUGCAAAUGGAUCAUACCAACGAAGCUCCUCAUUCAUUUGCAACAUGUCUCAACCUACAUUUAGUAGGUGCCUACAUGAGGUAACCGAUGCUCUCAAUGUACGGGACGUGCUACUCAAGUACAUAAAGUUUCCUUCCACUCAACAAGAACGGGAAUCCACCAUGAAAGUGUUUAUGGAAAAAUUUGGAUUCCCAGGAGUUAUUGGGUGCAUUGAUGGAACCCAUGUUGCUAUAAUAAGGCCCACUGACCAUGAAGAAGCUUUUUUUAAUAGAAAACAUUAUCAUUCAUUAAAUGUUUUGCUGAUUUGUGAUGCGAAUUUGCAAAUACUGCAUGUUGAUGCAUCCUAUGGAGGUGCAUCACAUGAUUCAUUUGUGUGGAACCAAUGCUGCAUUAAAUCUCACCUAGAAGGAUUGGAAAGAUCUGGGGAGCAUUGUUGGCUAUUAGGUGAUUCUGGAUAUGCACAACGCCCUUGGAUGAUGACACCUAUAUUAGAGGCUGCUGUCGGUUCACCAGAGGAACAUUACACCACACUGCAUUGCAAAGUUCGCAAUACCGUUGAGCGUUGCAUAGGUGUAUUAAAGAAUCGUUGGCGCUGUUUAUUAGCACAUAGGGUUCUUCACUAUGACCCAGUGACUGUGGCUAAAAUUGUGAAUGCAUGUGUUGUACUACACAAUAUAGCAAACAUACACAAUGUUCCUCUGCCGGAGCCUGAGAGUGAAGAGUCUGACUAUUUUUUUGUGUGUUGUAAAUAUCUAUGUAUAUAACAAAGAAACAAAUAA